AUGACAGGAGACAAGGCCGAUUCGGAGGAAUGUGUACGGGUGUACGCGGAGGCGGCUGAUCAUCCUUACUCUACCAUAGCCAACCGACUAAGCUUCAACAAGCGGUGCAUUGCGGUGGCGACGGAGGUGAACGACCAAACCUCCAUCUCUGAUGCUCAUCAUAGAGCCAUGAAGCUUCUGCCUCGGAUGGCAUAUCCUGGCGUGGACGUGAGAUCGAGACUCGAGAUUCUCAAGGGCGCGCAGGGGCUCGCCGUAACGGCCGCCAUGCACGCGAUCUCCAAUCACCAACCGCGGAUGGCCAUAGAGUUCUUGGAACACGGACGUGCAAUUUUAUGGAAUGGCAUUUUGCAGUUACGCAGUCCUUUCGACGGUCUCCCAAUGGAAUUGUCACGUCGUUUGCGCGAGGUAUCUUCCAGCCUAGACGAAGCUGGUUUGAGCCCGUCGCGCAACAUAUCCGAGAGCGAAGUAUCCAGACGGCGCAAACUCGUUGACGAGUUCGAAGAGCUCCUACAACAGUCAUGCCGCAUCCCUGGUUUCGAACGCCUGUUACUCCCACUCGUGUUUGCUGAUCUAUGCCCAGCUGCAUCCGAAGGGCCCGUAGUACUAUUGAUCGCCGCGGAAGACCUUGCUUACGGUAUCAUCAUGCCGUCCGAGAACGCGGAGACCUACGUAGUCUCGCUCCCUAAUGCCGGCGCUCUUCGUACGUCGAAAUGGUCGGAGGCACUCACGCAUGCCCAGCGGACUGCAAGGGCGAGGAAUCGCGAAAGCUUUAACAUCAAGGCCGGCAAGGGCGACGGAGGUCAUCGCGACGACGACGUUCCCAGUCGGUUGCUUAUCAAGAAAAAGAACCUCACGAACGUGAAGACAUCUCACAUACUGGAAGAGCUGUGGGAGAACAUCGUCAAUCCAGUCUUAACGUCCUUGAAGCUACCAUGGAGGGGUACUAAAGCGAUCCGCCCGCGGCUCUGGUGGUGCCCGACGGGUCAAUUCGUUUUCUUGCUGCUGCACGCCGCAGGGACUGCAUCGGGAAUGUGCACGUCUGAUUACGUUGUCUCCUCCUAUACACCAUCUCUCGGCGCCCUUGUUGAAGCACGGAAGCAGCGUAACACAUCUCCCUCGGACAUACAGGUUCUACUCGUCGCUCAGCCGGAAGUUGCAGACAACGAACCCCUUCCGAUGGCGGCCGAGGAAGUCUCCCAGCUGGCGAUCAUGCAUCCUCCGGAACGCCUAGUAAGCAUAAUCCAGGAGGCUCGUGCGGCGCCAGCAGAGCAAAGCAGUCGCGGCACGAUGAGCACAACGACCGUCUCAGACGUGCGAGAGGCAAUCAGUCAGGCCUCUGUUGUACACCUUGCUUGCCACGCAAAGCAGGAUCGCAACGAUCCUCUCAGCAGCGGCUUUAUUCUGGACGGAGGAACGCUGACAAUAGCGGAUAUCGCUAGAGUGAGGAUGCCCCGGGCCUUCUUCGCCUUUCUGAGCGCAUGCGAGUCAACAGCCGGAGACGAAGCUCUUCCGGACGAGAUCGUGCAUUUGGCCGGGUCGAUAUUGUUCGCUGGUUUCAAAUCCGUGGUGGGCACGAUGUGGUGA